AUGGACGCCAGCGAUGCUAAGCAGCCGUUCCUUCCAAAUGGUCUCCAACACGUCGUUCUCACACAAGAUGGCCUUCGACUUGUCGUACAGAUGGAACCGCGGCUUAUUCUAGAUAUCUCGAAAGAAGACAUUGAAGAUAAAGAGAAAGCAAAUGGCCUGGCCAAAUUCAUCGUAUGCUUUCAGGCGUUAUGGUUCUGCAUUGUCUGUAUUGCGCGAGUAGCUCAAGGCCUUCAGAUCAGUAUACUGGAACUCAACGUCUUCGCGCAUGCAAUUUGCACGCUACUUAUCUACCUGCUUUGGUGGGAUAAGCCGCUGGAUUUUCAAGAGCCCACCUUGAUCAGAGGAGAAGAUGCUCAUCCCAUCUGUGCCUUUUUCUCUGUGAUGAAGGGUAGUCUAGGUGACGAUGCUUUGCCUUGGCAAAAAGCUGUCUCUGGCAACUUCUCAGAUAAGGAGAUCAUAGUACUGUCAGGAUGGGGCAGGACGAGCAACAACGCCAGCAUAGAGUCUGAUACGGCCGUCUUGGUUGAAGCUACCACGCCUAUUAUAACAUCCGAGUUUCAUUUCGCUAUUGUGACCAUCCCCAGGGAACUUACAUUGAGCUAG